AUGGACCUGAAGCGUAAGAGGGAUGGUUUAACUGAUGAUUUUGCAGAUACCACUCAGUUUUGUAUGCAUGCACGUCACUGUUGGAUUUCAAACAAUGUCAGCACUGCCAAAAUGCCUUGGCAUUUCCGUUUAAUGGACAACUUGGACAUUUUGCAAAGAUCUCAAAAGAACCUUUUUCGAACUAUGGGAGCUAUGCCACCGCUUCCUGCUUUGGAAGGGUCAAAUGAGGGUUUGCCGGACAAGUUGAGCAGGCCUGGACUGGAUGAUCCUAACUUCAGUACGAAAGCCUUGCAAAACGCACAGAAACGUUCAUGGCAAGAUCAACUGAACUAUGAACGGAAAUGCGCCUACAGAAAGUGGAUUAGCAUUGUUUCUUCCAACCCUAUGGCAUUUGAGGUGGCGAGGCAGCAGAUCUUGUCUGGCCCGAUGGAGUUUGCCAAAGGAGGGUUGGCUGAAUCGAUCGGUGACUCGUUGGGAAACAAGUCAUCAAGCACUCUUCACUCGAGGGCUGGUCCGUUGCCGAGAUUUUUGAAAUUUUGUGCUGACAGGGACCUGAGGGCUUUUCCAUUGGAAGAGUACAGGGUUUACGACUAUGUCAAGUCGGUUGCUGACACGGCUCCGAGUUAUCCGCGGUCUUUCAUGCUGUCCAUUAGUUUUGCAACACGUGUUUUGGGCUUGCUUGGAGGCCUCGAAGUUUGCAGUUCGAAGAGGAUUGAUGGUGCAGUCAAGUUGCACUAUGAGAAGCGUGCAAAGGUGCGACAACGUCCUCCUUUAACUGCAGACCAGGUCAGAACCUUGGAAAGGGUUGUCACCAGUUCCAACAAGAGCGUUUACGACCGGGUUAUGGCUGGCUAUUUUCUCAUGUUGUUGUACGGCAGACUGAGAUUUUCUGAUGGCCAACGUAUCACUGGGAUGCGCUUGGAGUUGGUGCACGUUGAUUCAAAGCCUGUGGGGUUUUUGGAAUGCGCUGCUGAACGUACAAAGACCAGCAUCAGUUUGGAGCGUAAGGUUAGAUACCUGCCAAUUGCCAUACCUGUCCAGUGCUUGACCGAGCCUGCAUGGCUUCCUGUUUGGGAUAAGCUACGGGCUGAACAAGGUUUGAUGGCUUCUGGAAAAUCUGGUGGAAACUUCCCUGUUAUGCCUUCUCCAGCAGUUGGUGGUGGUUGGUCUCAAGCUCAGCUGAAUGUGACACCAGCAGGUGAGUGGUUGCGGAAUCUUUUGAAGAACACCGAGACUGUUGGUGAUAUCAGGGUUGCAACUCACAGCUGCAAAGCAACCCUUUUGGCUUGGAGCGCCCGUGCGGGUUUUGACCAUGACGUCAGGAGGCUGCUUGGGUAUCAUAGCGGAUCAGCCGAUCAAUCUAUGCUGGUGUACUCACGUGAUGCUAUGUCCCAUCCACUCAGGCUUCUUGUGGAUCUCAUCGGCAAGGUGGCCGGUGGCAGCUUUGACCCUGAUCUCACGAGGUCAGGCAUGUUUGCCCGUGAGGCAGGCGCUUUGCAGGAUGCUGGGGAUGACAUUGACUCAUCGAGUUGCGGUUCAGAAGACGAGGAUGACAGAGAUGUUUAUGAGGAAGAACAGGCGAUCGAACAGGAGAGCGACCGAAGUUCCUCCACCCGUUGUGUGGCACCUGCUUCAAAGACCAUUUGUCAGAAGACCAUGCUUGGGAUGUUUUACAAUAUGUCAUUGAAACAUGCGAUGUUGUGGCAGUGCAUUUGGCACCGCCAUGUGGCACAUGCAGCAAGACCGAAGAAGACUUCCUUUCUUAGCAAUAAGAGCAGUAUUUCUUUGAUGCAGCGUUUUUGCGAAGAUGUCGAACCGCACGUGCAUGAACCUUGGGGUUACAAUCCUGAACAAGGCUUUGCAACAGCAAUGGAAGCCCAAUACCCCAAUGGCAUGUGCGAACAACUUGUACGUGUUUUUGAUGAAAUUUGUUUGGAAAAAGGAGUCAGAGUGCAGCCUGCUGACUACAAACCUCCGCGUGUCGACAAGCAAGCACGUGGCAGGGCCACUCCACAACUGAUUCUGGAAUAUGAGAAAGUUUGCAGUGUUUUGUUAGAUGCAGUACCAUCGACAGAUGCAAAGCGUUGUUUGUGCGAGCCUUGCAAGCAUGUUCCAGCAGGUAGCCGCCUGCUGCGUACCGAGAAGAAGGGAGAGGUCAAAGCUGUGCUCGGUGCCAAGCGUUUACUUCUAAUGGAAAGGGUUGCAAAAAGUAUCAACUGGCCAGACACCACGCUGUUUCAGGAGAUGGCCCAAGGUUUUCGUUUGGUGGGACAGGCGACGAAAUCAAAUGUUUUUCAAUCUGGUAUCAAAGCGGCUUCAAUGAGUGAAGAGCAGUUGAUGAAGGAUGCCAAGUUUUUGAAGCCAGCGUUACUGGGAAAGAUACGGGCGAGCUGUGGAGAUGCCCACAGCAAGGAACUUUACGAGCUCACUGAAAGUGAAGCCUUUGAUAAAGGUUGGCUGUCUGGUCCUUACACUGCGCUUGAGAUGGACGAGCGCUUUUCUGGGCGAUGGCUUCCUGUCAGGCGCUUUGCAGUCAUCCAAAAGGAAAAGUUGAGGCCCAUUGAUGACUUGAAGGAAAACCGAGUGAACCAGACUUUCUCGUCAACGGAAAGGGCGUCACUGUAUGCCCUGGACCACCUGGUAUGGGUUUCAAUUUUUCUUGCAAGACUGUAUACAGUCGGUGGCGAGUUCAACUUUGAAUUGGAGGAUGGGACGCGAUUGUCUGGGUUUGUUCACAAAGACUGGAUAGAAGCGGGCGUUGAUUUGAAGGUCACAGCCAUGGACUUGAAAUCGGCGUACAAACAACUUCCUCUCAGUCCAUUAGAUUCAGACAAAGCUGUUAUUUCCUUGUGGAGCGAAGCGCACCAGGAUGUGCGAUGCUUCGAGUGUGCUACCCUCCCAUUUGGAGCUUCAGCAAGCGUUCACAACUUCUUGAGGGUGAGUGCAUUCCUGCAAGCCGCAGGGUGUGCGUUGGGGCUCUUGUGGACGAGUUAUUUUGACGAUUUCCCUAUGGUAUCCCAUGCGAUGCAUACCACCUCUACGUUGGCCUGUGCCAAGGGUCUCAUGUCUCUUUUUGGUUUCGUUUACUCGGAGGAGAAGCUGGCCCCCUUCGACUACACGGCUGAAAUUCUUGGAGUCGUGGUUGACUUGAGCAAAGCGUCGCAGAGAAAGAUUUCAAUCUCCAACAAACCUUCCAGGGUGGAGGAAUUGAACCUUGCUUUAAGGGAUAUCCUUGAGUCUGGCGUGGUGGUGCCUAACAAGCUACCUUCUGUCUUGGGAAAACUUCAAUAUGCAGACUCCCACGUGUGGGGGCGAGCUGGCAAGCUGGCCUUGGCUGACUUGAGAGAGCUUGGACACACGGCACCUACGGCCGUACGUUUGGGUGACACUCAGAUCAAGGCAUUCGAUGAAGUUCCAAGCGCAGUCUUGGACGUUUGGAGACAAGGUGGGAAGUCCCACGUUAUUGGCUUGGUUGAACUCUAUGCUUGCGUGGUGGCCUUGCGUCACUGGAAGAAGAGAGUCUCUUCCAGGAGGGUCAUCAUGUUCGUGGAUAACUGGCCUGCAUUGGACGUGCUCGUCAAAGGGACGUGA